ACUUCAUCCUUUCAAUCCCAUACGUUUCAUAGGAAACCAACUGUAUAAAAAGUUUGCUGCGUGUAAAAAAAAAAAAAAAGGAAACAAAAGUCAUUUAUUAAAGAUGAAACAGAACUUUUCAAUCCUUUUCAAGCUUUUGACAAUACAAUGUCUUUCAGUUGUUUGCCUUUGUCAAGAUUUUGAUUUCUUCUACUUCGUCCAACAGUGGCCAGGAUCAUACUGCGACACAAGGCACAGUUGCUGCUAUCCAAAGACAGGGAAACCUGCAGCAGAUUUUGGGAUUCAUGGGCUUUGGCCAAAUUAUAAGGAUGGAGGCUACCCAUCAAACUGUAAUCCUGACAGUGAAUAUGAUAAAUCUCAGAUCUCAGACUUGACAAGCAGUCUGCAAAAGGAUUGGCCAACACUAUCAUGCCCCAGCGGGGAUGGUAACAAGUUCUGGUCACAUGAAUGGAUAAAGCACGGAACCUGCUCCGAAUCUGAACUCGACCAGCACGAUUACUUCGAAGCAGCAUUGAAGCUGAAGGAGAAAGUAAACCUGCUCCAAGCUCUCAAGGAUGCAGGAAUCAAACCAGACGAUGAAUUUUAUGAACUAAGCAGCAUCGAAGAAGCCAUUAAAGAAGCAACUGGAUAUACUCCAGGCAUAGAAUGUAAUGUGGAUGGAUCAAGAAAUAGCCAGCUCUUCCAAGUUUAUCUGUGUGUGGACACUUCUGGGUCGGAGAUCAUUGAAUGCCCAGUGCUACCAAGGGGGAGAUGCGCGUCUCGAGUCCAAUUUCCUAAGUUUUAGAUGUGUAAAACAUUGCCACCUUAUUUAAUCUCUUGUAUUAAACUGUUUACUAAUUCAUUGCUCCGUUGGCAAUAAAAUGGAAAUUUUUGUUA